AUGAUCCCAAAGCAUCCUUUAACCUUAACCCAAGCCGAAAAUAAUCAUUUGCUACAAGAAAAUAGAACUCUUAAAAAGCAAUUCACACAGCUGCACAGACAAGCCCAAUGCCAAGAAUUUGAAGACUUAGCCUUGGUCCUGACAGUCCUCGAGCUUCAAAGAGAAAGAAUCCAUUUCCUUCGUCAAGAACUGUCGUUUCUAGAAGACAGACAAGAGCAGCUGAAUCUUGAUAUAAGAAAAGCUGACCACGGCAUAAGAAAUGAACAACAAGACACCAAUGAAAAUCUUGAAUUAAGGCUAGAAAUCGCCAGAAAAAGGAAAAAAGAGCUUGAAGACCAGCUGCGGUCUUUUAACUCCAAAUUUUCAAAAGAAAUCGCAGAAAUGAAAAUAAAAACUGCAAAGCAGCGUGCUGAGCUACUAUCAAGCUUGAAAUUCAUAUAG